CGCGAGGAACCAAACUCGCAGCCCCCGUUACACCACGGAGCCCUCCCCUUAGCACAAGCAACAUGUUUGCGCACGCGCAAUUACACGCUUUCAUCCAGUCCGCUGCUCGACUCCGCGCCAAAGAUGCCUACUUGUGCGCCUGCGCCGUGACGUAGACGGGGGACUGGCUGGGUUGUAAACCAUGGCGUGGGUACCCGCGGAAUCUGCAGUGGAAGAGUUGAUGCCCCGGCUGUUGCCAGUGGAGCCCUGCGACUUGACAGAAGGUUUCGAUCCCUCCAUUCCGCCGAGGACGCCUCAGGAAUACUUGAGGCGGGUCCAGAUCGAAGCCGCUCAAUGUCCAGAUGUUGUGGUAGCUCAAAUUGACCCGAAGAAAUUGAAAAGGAAGCAAAGUGUGAACAUUUCUCUUUCAGGGUGCCAACCUGCUCCUGAAGGCUAUUCCCCCACACUUCAGUGGCAACAGCAGCAAGUGGCACAAUUUUCAACUGUUCGACAGAGUGUGAACAGACAUAGAAGUCACUGGAAAUCACAACAGUUGGAUAGUAAUGUGACCAUGCCAACAUCUGAAGAUGAAGAAGGCUGGAAAAAAUUUUGUCUGGGUGAAAGAUUAUGUUCUGAAGGGGCUAUUAGACCAACUAAAAAUGAAAGUCCUGGAAUAGAUUAUAUAGAAAUUGGUUUUCCUCCCUUGCUUAGUAUUGUUAGCAGAAUGAAUCAGGGAAGAUGGCUUUAUGCUUUAUUGGCCUGUCUCGAAAAACCUUUAUUACCUGAGGCUCAUUCACUGAUUCGGCAGCUUGCAAGGAGAUGCUCUGAAGUGAGGCUCUUAGUGGACAGCAAAGAUGAUGAGAGGGUUCCUGCUUUGAAUUUAUUAAUCUGCUUGGUUAGCAGGUAUUUUGACCAACGUGAUUUAGCUGAUGAGCCAUCAUGAUGUAGCUGAUGUCUCAGGGAUAGAAGAUACUUGUGAUGAAGGCAGCCUGUCCGAGGAAGUACAAUGCCAAUUCAAGUGCAGAGUGCAUCACAUUUUCAAAAUUAUGUAAGGGGUCUUCAUCUUAACCUGUGCAACUGAAGUUGAUAUGCAAUGUAGAGUGUAUGGAUUUGAACAUCUGAAGUAUCUUUGGGUAAUCCC